AUGAAGAGUGGCCUUCUUGACUACACUACCUUGACGGUCGGAAUUUCUUUGUUGCACAAACGUAAUGGUAAUACGAUGAAAGCAAAGAAGCGCCCGCGGGCAGAAAGAAUACAAGUGGGAAAACCCUCCGCUUCGGCUUUUUCGUGGUGGAGCCUUUUCCUUAUUGAAUGGAGCUCGUUGCCGGUAUUUGGACUUACUCAGUGGAGCCUCUACGGUAAUGAAUUUACUACCCAAAGCAAGCCGACGGAGUUGAGAGCAAUCCAGUCCCCGGUCCGAAACGAUGCUGUGUCACCUAGGAAGAAGAAAGAAAUCUUGCUCGAUUUUCCAGACUCUCCAAGCAGUCGGACAGGAGAGCAUGUGAAUUCUGAGGAUUUCUCCCCACAAAAUCGUAUCGGUCUUCCUCCUUGUUGUCUCCCAUAUGAUCACUUUACAGCGGAGGAAAUUGAGGUUGAGGUUGGUUGGUUGCAGUAUAGUCUACUCGAUCAUGGGGUUUCCUUUGAUGAUGUCCGUCAAAUUGUAAGCACAAUAUACAAUGUCUCCGAGAACAACACUUCUGUGACGGUCGGCAUCGUACAAUUUUUACGCUUGCUAUUCGAUACGUGUGGGGAAGAAGCCCACAUGGAUAGAAUGCUGAGCACUUCAGUGGUUCUCGCCAGCGUCUACCACUACGCUGAGUGCAUGGAGGCUCACAACCAGGGCUCGACUGCAUAUCUCCUCGGGAACGCCAAUCUACGCAACAAAGAAAUGCCUCACAACAGAGCAUCCAUCGACAGCGAAGGUACGGUACUACCCGCAAUUCGAGGAGAAGACACAUUGACACGCGAUAUCAUAUCACCCAAGCCAAUGCCUCGCCGUUUGAGAAGUUCAACAGGAUCUUUUGGUGCAGGUGAUGAAGUCUUUUUAAUCACGGAAGGGGCAGCGCGGAUUAAACGUGCAGAAGCACUUGUGCAAUCAGUCAUAGGAAAUGGACACAUAAUAUCUCAAGCCGAGUCUGAUCUUUUCCGAGACUGGCUUCUUUCGGUAAUGGAUGAUUGGCGAUCCCUUGCGAUUCGUGUGUUUGCUUGCCUAUAUCGACUUGAAGGGAUCCGGCUUGAUGCAGGCACUUAUGAUGGGCGAACUCCUGAAGUUGUCAAGCUAGCUAAGGAAGCUAUGCGAGUAUAUUCCCCUCUUGCUGGACGACUGGGAAUGUACCGUUUGAAAUCUCGUCUUGACGAGGAAGCUUUUCGGAUAUUGUACAGACGACAGUACAACGCCGUUUCUUCUUUGUACCUUGAAAGCGGCGCAGCGAUGGAAGCAGUAUCGAACAUAUUGCGCACAAAAAUUAGUGUUGCAUUGCAGCAGGACGAAUCCUUAAUGAUGCAACUGGAGGGAUUGGAGGUGUCUUCACGUGUCAAACAGCCAUAUUCGUUUUGGAAAAAACUUCUGAAGAAAAGAACGGGUGGUCUUUCAAUUGUCGAUCGAAGGGCUAUAACAAAUGAUAGUACGCUCUCCAUUGCCCAAGUCCAAGACGGCAUAGCUCUUCGCGUGAUUAUCCAAGCAAGAAAAUGGACGGAAAAUGAGCCUUUGGAGGAAAUUAGAGCACGGGAACGUUUCUUCUGCUAUUACGUGCAGCACCAAAUUCGAAUGAAGUGGCCUGAAGUGGAGGCUGAUCGCGUCAAGGAUUAUAUUCUUUAUCCGAAGCCAAAUGGAUAUCGCAGCCUACAUCAUACUUCGUCCGUGAAUUGCAACGGGGUGGACUUUCCAUUCGAGGUCCAAGUUCGUUCCGACGAGAUGCACAUGAUAGCGGAAUACGGCGUGGCGGCUCACUGGGGCUAUAAGCUUGGGAACAUACUAGCACCUUCAUCUCCAUCGGUCGGUGCAUGUGCUGGCAUGCUACCUCCUGCAAAACAAUGCUGUGAGAUACUAUCUCCUGCCUUCAGGCCAGGCUUUUCCUUUUCGCACACACGGCUCGGAUCCACUCAAUCUUUUGCAGAUGCACUUGUUGAUGCAAAGGAAACUUUGUUGGAGCAGUAUGUCUACGUUUUUAUAUCGGGGAUUUCUGAUGAAAGCGACGGGCAACUCUUGUCGUUGCCGGCGAAGUCAUUAGUCGUCGAUGCCUUGGCUGCGAUGGACAAGAUCGAUGCCUCCAACUUGAGAGUUCUACUAAAUGGAAAGCGAGUGAAACUCGACGACGUUGUCGAAAAUGGAGAUGUUUUGAUGGUUGUAGCAUAA